AUGCCUCUCUACAGGUUUGGGCAGGUACCAAGUGGGAAGGUAGAUGACUUAGACAAGGACUUCAAGCGUGCUAUUGAUGCAGUGUCUGUGAAGUUCAAUGAGGAAAAUGCAUCCCUCGUUAUAUUGGCCCGGUCCUCCCGUUCAAAAAAUCUGGCCGAAAUGCUCAGCUCCAUGCACUUCCGCAACCUCCGCCAGAAGGUUCUUCUCCUCUCACGGACCGAGGAGGCUGCCAGGCAGCUGGAAUCUACCAAACUCCACAAUCAUGGCGGGUACACUGAAUCGUUCCAUGUCCGUGAGGACUUGAUGGGACUUGCAAUCGGAGCGCAUGGUGCUAAUAUCCAGCAAGCUCGCAAGGUGGAUGGAGUCACUCAGGUUGAACUCAUUGAGGAAUCAUGUACCUUCAGGAUAUAUGGAGAUACAGAGGAUGCUGUGAAGAAGGCACGUAAUCUGCUAGAGUACAGUGAGGAGUCCAUCCAGGUUCCACGCAGUCUGGUGGGCAAGGUGAUAGGCAAGAAUGGCCGUAUCAUCCAGGAGAUCGUUGACAAGAGUGGUGUGGUGCGGGUGAAGAUUGAGGGGGAUAAUGAGCCCAAGCCAACCAUUCCACGAGAAGAUGGCCAGGUUCCGUUUGUCUUCGUUGGGACUGUGGAAAGCAUCAGCAAUGCUAAGGUUCUCCUUGAGUACCACCUUGCUCAUUUACGGGAGGUGGAACAUCUGCGUCAGGAAAAACUUCAGCUAGAUCAGCAGCUACGCACCAUGCAGAGCAGCAGUUCCUUGAGUGGAAUGUCUGGAUACCCUCCACCCAGGAGAGAUCGGCCACCGUACGGUGAAAUGGACGGAAUGGGCCGAGGUCGGGGUGGGGGGCCUCGUGGGGGGCGGGGUAUGCGAGGUGGUGGCGGACGUGGAGGCCCACCCGCUCGAUACGGUAACCAUACUCCUUCCCUCAAUGAUUACAUGGGAGGGAGUGGGGAUCAUAGGGAUGCCCGGGGAGGGGGACCUCGAGGGGGUGGACGUGGUUGGGGAAACCGUGGUUAUGAGCCACGUGAGGAUGCCACAUCGACUUCACGUGGCCCACAAGAGGACCUGCCCCCUGCUCCACGUGGAUCUCGUCGUAAACCCAGCCAGGCCGGAGAUGAGGACAACGAUUGGUCACGUGCCACUGAGGAUCAGGAGUCUGCCAAUGAUGCUCAAAGUGUCACCAGCAUGGAUAAAGGUGCAGCAGAGAAUGGGCAAGGUUCGAUGCCCCCUAGCAAAGAGCCUACGCCAAAUCAAAACGGCAAACCGAGUCGACUCGCCCACGGUGACGACGCCAAAGCCAAUGGGGCUCCGGUCGCCAACGGACCCGAGCAGUAAAGUUGGCGUUUGCACGUUACCGGUUGGGAACCCUCAUCCGAUAUCGACUGCAUGGCGUGGAUUAAAAAAAAAUUAGUGCCUCGUGUCCUCUUGAAGUCUCUUCUCGCGUGAAAUCGGGCGUUCCGUUCCAUGAGAAACCUGUUCCAGUGAUAGGCAUCUCGUUCCUUUGAUGUUGGCUGCUUCCAAUAACCACCCACUUGGUAUCCCUUUUUGGAUUUGCAUUAUCUCCACCUAAGUUAUUUGUGUCUGUCCAUUUCUUCUUUUUUUGCUCUGCCAUGUUGUAUUUCUCUCUGUAUGGCCCAGUGAGCCUUUCUAAUAAAAGGAUUCAGACUG